AUGGCAGCGAACGAUGGCCCUAAGCUCCUUUGGAACCCUGACAACGUGCGAGACGUUGCCGAUUCGAUCGGAAUUUCGCUCUCGGACGAACCGCUCCGCGUGCUCGCCCAAGAUGUCGAAUACCGCAUCGGCCAAGUCAUCAUCGAGUCGCUGCGCUUCAUGCGUGCCGCCAACCGCACCACCCUCACCGUUCAGGACAUGUCUCAGGCGCUGAAGGUGCUCGACGUCGAGCCGCUGUAUGGCUAUGAGUCCACCCGGCCGUUGCGAUACGGCGAGGCCAGCCUCGGGCCCGGCCAACCGUUGUUCUACAUUGACGAUGAAGAAGUCGACUUUGAAAAGGUGGUCAAUGCCCCUCUUCCGAAGGUACCACGGGAUAUGAGCUUUACGGCCCAUUGGCUCGCGGUUGAAGGCGUCCAACCGUCUAUCCCCCAGAACCCGACAACCGCCGAGACGUCCUCCAAGGACCUCCUACCCAAGGGCCCCGGCGCCAACCCAGCCCUGGCGGCUCUCGCGGGUAACGACAAUGUAUCCUUCCGACCCUCAGUAAAACACGUCAUCAGCAAAGAGUUGAUCCUCUACUUCGAUAAGAUCCAAGCCGCCGUGUUAGACGAAGAUCCCGACGAAGAAAAGAGCCGCCUUCGGGAAGCCGCCCUCGAAUCAGUUCGCUCCGAUCCUGGCUUACACCAACUACUCCCUUACUUUGUCAACUUUGUCACCAACCAAGUCACCCACCACCUCGACGACCUCUUCAUCCUCCGCCAAAUGAUGGAGCUGGCCGAGGCUGUCAUCCAAAAUCCCAACCUUUUCCUCGACCCCUAUGCCAGCGCCCUAUCCGCGCCCGUCCUCACCUGCCUGAUGUCACGCAAACUGGGCAACGGCAGCGGGGCGUCAUCCGAAGACUCACCCGACACCCUGCGUGAGCAGUACAACUUGCGCGAGCUAGCCGCCAGCCUGCUGGAGAUCCUCGCACGCAAGUACGGUGCGAGCAACGCGUUGCUGCGGCCCAAGCUGACGCGCACCUGUCUCAAGCACUUCCUGGAUCCGACGCGCUCGCCCGCUGUGCUGUUUGGUGCUGUGCGUGGUGUCGCUGCCGCCGGUGGCCCGGAAGCCGUGCGCGUGUUGGUGCUGCCCAAUAUGAAGAGCUUUGACUCCGCCGUGCUGCAGCCGCUAUCCGACAAGGGCGAGUCCCACGCGAUGGAGCUCGAGAUGUUAGUGGGCGGGAUUAUGAAGGGGGUGGAGAGCCUGGUGGGUGGGUCUGGUAUUGCCGUUGCUAACGGAGUCAGCGCACCGGAACUGUCGAGGGAGGCGGAACAGGUUACGGAGUUUGUUGGGCCCAUUAUUGGUCAACGCGUUGCGCGGUUAAGGAAUCACACGUUGAAUAGGGCGAUCCUGGAGGUACGGCAUUUGGAAUAG